AAUGAGCGACUGCAGGAGUGUGGAGUGAGGGAGUGAGCGACUGCAGGAGUGUGGAGUGAGGGAGUGAUGGGCGUCGAGGGUUUCACUACAACAACCAGAGUUGAUAUGAUCCUCGCUGAUCACUGCGGCGUCGUCACUGCCCUCUGCCUCCUAGUGGCUGCAGGGAUGAGCUGACAGAACACUGUACACUCUCUGGGGCUCACAGAGCACCGUGCACUCUCUGGGCUCUCACAUACCACUGUCUGUGGCUGCUGCAUACCUCAAGUAGGAUGAUGUGAGAGCGAGGCCAGAAGCCAUCUGCGAGGGGGCAGAUGAUCGGAGCGACAUGUCGUUCAUGGGUAGUGGAGACAGCCAGCGGUCGUGCGCCUGUACCUGCGACGACGACUGCUGCGACAGGUCGUUCUCUCCGGCAUCCUCUCCCCCAGGGGUCGAAUCUUCUUCAGGAUGCCCUUCAUCAUCGGACUUCGUGCCUUCUGACCCGAUCUUCGAGACUGCGUCGCCAGGCGGAGACAUACGUUCAACAAAGCCUCGUACUGUAGCCAGACGCGGUUGGGAAACCCCACCGCCACCUCUGCCGGAGAGACGCAAGACCCAAAUUCCCCCUGCCAUACACAGGCGGGUAAAGAUGCCUCAAGCAGACGACCCUGGCGGCAAUGUCUCUCCACGGAUAAUGACAUCAUCAGGAUGUCCAUCUCCAUCAGAGAGGUGUUGGUGGGAGCACCAACCACUGUCGCCCACGACCUGUGCUCCAGUCUACUGGGAACAACAGCAGCAGCAGCAUGCGGGUGGGGAUCACAUGACCUCUCCUGACUCUGGUGGGUCGGAGGAAAUGGAGCAGAUGAAGGCUCUCUUCAACGCCUGCGACACUGAUGGCGACGGCUAUAUCACCAGCGCUAACUUGUGCGGAGUGCUGGAGAUGCUUGGCCUGGACGGGUCGGGGGAGACCCUGGCCCGGGAGCUAGGAGCCGACCGCCGGGGCCGUGUCUCUCUCAGGGCUUUCCUCAACUCUCGCCGCCACCACGCUCACGAAGUCAACGCCAUCCGGAGUGAAGGUGGAGAGAGCUGGGCCCCGGAGCUAUGGUCAGGGGGCUCCGAGGGGGGUGACGUGGACCCCUCCCUCUUGCCGGAGCGCCCCCACGCGCGCCACCUGGACACGCCCUCCACAGCACGCCCUGGCAGGUGGCGGCAGGGCGCGACGGAGGCCACCUCCCACUUCGCCAGCGCCAGGUUCCUCGAAGCCAGCAAUAAGCUACAUCUGGCAGCGCUGGGGUCGCUGAAGGGGGAGAUCCUCGAACUCUCGUCCAGACUCAAAAUGAUCUCACAGGAGCGAGACAUGUUGGAGAAGACCCUCACUGUCACUCAGCUGGAGAAAGUACGAGUAGAGCGAGAAGGGGAAGAUCGUCUGGAUUCGCAGGCCCAGCGCUAUGAGGAACGGCUCACCGAACUCCACUCUGUCAUUGCUGAGCUCUCCCGUAAGAUCGAUCAACAACGGAUAAAUGUGAUCGCGGAGGAGGAGGUGGUGGUGGAGGAGUACUCACAGUCGGAGCUCUCCCACGACCAGCAUGAUGCCACGGAGGACUCAACGAGUGAGGCGGUGGAGUCAGAGGAGCAGAUGGAGGAACCCCGGGAUCACACUGCUACUGACGCCUCAACGUCUUGUGACAUAGAUGACAGGGCUGUAGAGGCUGGAGAAGGCAUUGCUGACCUGGAUGUAAGCGAGUGCCCACGAGGCAGUGGAGACUCCAGCAGCUGCCGAGCAUCGGGGGAUGACCAGUGCCGAUCCCUUAGUGCCCUAGAGGAAGAGCUAAAGGUUCUCAGAGAGGAAAAUAACAGUUUACAGCAUGCUCUGGCCCUUGCUCAACAUAAUGCCUCUACACACCGCAACAAUGUCACAGUUCUUACUCAAGAGAGAGAUGCUCUCUGCAAAAAGCUACGAGAGUAUCAAAGAAUGCAGCCAGCAAUGCCUCCACAAGCCCUGCAGGUUGCUGAUGCGGUGACAGUGCGGGGUCUAAGAGGUACCCCACUUGCGGCAUUUACGGUGACCUCUGGGGGUUCUGGUUUAAGUGGGUCAGGACCGGGCACAGUGUCUCCAUCUCCAUCACCGCAACCACCUGAAAGCCACACACCCACGCAGGAUGAUGCACCUAUUAUCUGUAGACUGGCUGAGCGAGUCAGAUUAAAGAAGGCCGAGAGUGGAGAUCAAAGAAUAACAGGAACUGACCUCAGUAGUGUGGGUGUGUGGACAACAGCUGUUGCUGAGCAAUUAGUUGCAGGUGUGCAGGAAGAAAGUGAUGCCCAGGAAUUAUAUCAUGCUCUUGCCACUGCUGGGGGAGCUCUAGCACCUCACGAGAGAUUAAAAGAGUUUGAAGUGGAGAUAGAAAGACUUCAUACAAAAGUGGACCAUUUGAAAGCACAGAAUGAUGUGUUAGCCAUUACUCUCUGUGAAUCUAAAUCACACUGUGAUCAUUUAAGUAUUUUGAUGGGUAAAUAUGAAUCUAACUCUAUAGCCUUGCAGUUGGCAGUGACGAAUUUAGACCAGACUAUAGAGGCAUAUGAAGUCUUGGUUGCUCUACUAGAAAGUGAAAUUGGUUUAUUGUUGGCAAGCUGCAAGGCUGCGGGUGUUGGAGUGAAGCGGACUGGUGGUGGUGUGGGAAGUGGUGGGUGGAGUUAUGCUGACCAGGAUGAUCUAGUGGCUUUGGUGAAAAGAGCUCAGGAACAACGACGAUCUACAGAAAAUGUUGCUCGACACCUGUUGUCUCGGUUGGAUAGGUCAGAGGUGCAACAGUCUGAUACAGAUAGCUGGAAUGAAACUGGAAUCAGUCAUAAUACUAGUGCGACUUCAUCUACAUCUAGCGGUGUUGAUUCUGAUGUAAGUCGUGGAGAUGAACAGCGACUCCGUGAGACUAUCAAUCGGCUAAAAGAGGAGCGAGGGCAUGUAUCAGCCUCCCUUCUUCCUUUGGAGUCCCUCCAUGUUGACCCUCUAACCAGACACUACCCACUUACUCUUCAUGAUGCACACAAGCUUGAUCUAGAAAAUGCAGUAUUAAUGCAAGAGCUCACAGCUAUGAGAGAGGAUCGUGCAGAGCUUAGAGCCCAGGUAUACCUAAUGGAUAGAGAGAAGGCUGGUCUAGAAUUACGAGUAGGGACCUGCGAGGCCCAGGCAGCAGCGUACUGUGCUACCAUUGACCAUCUUAAGUCUGAACUGGCACAGUUACGCCCAGGAGGCAACCAGGAGGGAGAAGGUGAUGGUGAUAGUGGCGUCGACUCCUCGUCUCCAGAGAUCAUGGAGGCUCUUAGACGAGAAAGGCAACUGAAGGCCCGAGUGCAGGACCUCGUCACGACCUUGGAGAAGGUAACCAAGAACUCUGAAGCAAGACAUAUGCAGUCCCAAGAAUUUAUCAAUGAUUUGAAAAAAGCCAAUGGAGCACUUUUGACAGCUGUAGAUCGCCUUAAGAAGAAAUAUGCACUAAAGGUGAAGCGGAUGGAACAGCAAAUGAUGGGAAUGGUUGACAGGCAUGCUCACCAGGUGCGUGUUCUGAAGCAGAAGUUAUCCACACUGGAGGAUGACACAGGCUCCAGGCAAACACAAAUGAUCUCAACUGCUAGUGAGACAUCACUCUGAGGAUAUAUAUGUUGGUUAUAUACUUUUGUAUUUCAUAGUAUAUUUGUUAUUUAUCUGUACUGUUAAAGUGUGAAAGAGUUUGUCUAUGCAAUAACUUUCCACUCAAGAGUCGCAAGUGUGUCUUACGACAUAAACAGCUGGCAGCUGACCAUAAUACACUCAUUUUCCACCAUUCCAAGAUUAUCAUGACUUAGAAUGUAUGACAGUUGUUCAUUGAUGUACCAUAGAUGAGAACCAUUUAUGCAAUGUACAAUUUAGAUGCACAAGAAAAGUCUUUUGAAGCAGUAGAAAAAAAAUAUAGAAAAUUAGCUAUAAGUAUGUUAGAACAUGAAAAAGGUACCUUAGAGCCUUUUCAUGUAGUUCAAAUUUAAACCAAAUGACUAAGUAUCCUCAGAAACUAACAAAAUAUGGAUUAUGUUUGAUUUUUGACAGUACUGUAGUCAUAAUUAAAGAAAGAAUAUAUCGUCUAAAACCUGAUGAAAAUGAUAAGAUUAUCAAAACUAAAAUUAAAAAAUCAGUAAUGACCUUAUAUAUUUUUGUCUAUAUUUCCAUCAAGAAUGGUCAACACUGUUUCUGACUUUAGUUUUGGAGAACUUUUCUGCCUUCACUGACUAGUGUAUAGGUAAGAUCUGUAAGAUCUUUGGCAUGUUGGCAAGACUCCUCAGGAAACACAAUCAGGGAUAGAAAAGAAACAAGACUGCAAGGAAUAGACAAUGCAAAAAUUCUUGUGGGGAAAAUAACAGUUCCAUUGAAUGAAAGAUGAAAAUAUGCCGAGAACUGAGAAUCACAGAAAAUUUGUUGCAGCUGUACUUAUGCAAAUCAUUAUUGUUCCUUAAUAAACUGAUGGCAAUCAAAACUAUGAUAUGAUAAGUAGUGAGUGAGGCACAACGAGUUAUGUCGCAGUUACAGUACAGUAUACAAAUUUGACUUUAUUGACGUUUGUUCUGUUUCCUCAAUAUGUACAUACAAUAUAUGGCGAAGAUUCAUAAUAUGCUUUUCUGUGAAAUCAAGAUAUUAUUCCCAUAUUAAUUAUAGUUGAAUUUUGCUGAGGUAUGGAUGGCUGUGACACACACUAACAAAGGAACGUUAGUUAUUGUUUGUUCCCAAUAUGAAGAUGUGUUCAUUACCGCUAUGGUUAAAAUAGCAGUCUCGCCUAUCAUUGUUCAGUGGAAAGACAAUUUAACAAACAUUUUCCCCUAAUCAUUGACUGGUAAUUCCAGAAAUUAAUAUUUAAGCUGAUCUUAGAAAAUACUACCAUAUAAUUAAAGCUUACAAUAUGACACUGAAAUAGUUUGUAAAAAAUUGAAAGUAAUGCGUGCAUAAAUAAUGAAGUGAACAAAUGAGUGCCAAACUAGUCCAAAUGCAUUAUUAGAGAUUAUAUGUAAAGUACAAAGUUUUUGUGACUCAUAAUAGAAACCAAGAAUUAUAGUCAGAAAUAAGAUAGAAACCCGUGUGUUCAUCCAGUGCACACUCCUCAUGAAUUUAUUUCUGAAAUUUCCUCAGUAGACAGCCUUAAUGGCAAAUUAUGUUGUGUUUGUUGCUUCUUUAAAACUUCAGAUGUGAUCUGUGAAAUAGAUACCUGUACUAAAUUGAUUUGUUGGAAAGAAAGUCAUUGGCCUCCAAAUUCAGAGCAAUAGUAUUGAAUUUUGACUCAAUGUAGGGAGUCUCAAAGUAAGUUUACAGUAAUGGGUAAGGAAAUUUAAAACUAAAAUGAAGAAAAAAUAAAUUAAUGCUAACAUUCUAACCCAAUUCAGCCAAUGCAUGACCCUGCACAUCUCUACUAUUCAAUUUACCAUUUGUUUCUAAGCUUUGGGUGCUAUUGACACACAUUCCAAAUGCCUGUGUGCCAAGAAAAUAUUAAGCUGCUGAUCUGAACUAGCCACCUGCAGACUUACCUCCCUGGAAAUUUAAUCAUUAACCUCCUGCAUCAUAUUGUUUCUAUUAAGGGUCAAAUGUGGAUUUGGUAAAAAUGAAUUUCCUUUUUCCUCAAAAGUAUAAUACAAGUUUUCUGAAUGACGAACUGUAGCUGUAUAAGAGGGAUGAGUGUCAGAGUUCAGUAGCAAAUAAAAUAAUAUUACUGUUUAGAUGUCAUUCAUAAGAUGCAUACAGAGGAGCCUCGAUUAACGAAUUUAAUCCGUUCCGGCAUCGAGCUUGUCAUGUGACACGCUCGUCUUUCAAAACGAAUUUCCCCAUUUAAAUUAAUGGAAAUAAAAUUAAUCCGUUCCACUACCGAAAAACAUCCAUAUGAUAUUCGCUUAUUUAAAUAAUGGAGCAGGCUACCUAACAUAAACUGAACGAACCUUUAUGACAUUUUUUCUUUUUUCAAUUUUUUUAUUUAUUUUUUUAUUUUUUUAUUUUU